CUCGUUAACAAGCAUGUCCCAAGCAGGCUCUCAAGAUCCACAAGAUCAACAUGGAGAAGACCACCAAUUCUCUGGUCCUCUUCUCGUCAGUAAGCUUCAAGAGGCCGGUAUCCACCCCAACGAUAUCAAGAAGCUCUCAGAUGCCGGUCUGAACACCGUCGAGGCAGUCGCGUUCACUCCCAAGAAGCACCUUAUAACGAUCAAAGGUAUUUCUGAGCAAAAGGCGGAUAAGAUAUUGGCGGAAGCCCAGAAAAUUGUCCCUCUUGGCUUUCAAAGUGCUACUGAAGUUCACGCUCGUCGAUCAGAGCUUGUUCACAUCACCACAGGUUCCAAACAGCUUGAUGCCUUGCUCGGCGGCGGGAUCGAGACCGGUGCUAUUACAGAACUAUUUGGAGAAUUUCGAACGGGAAAAUCUCAGAUCUGCCAUACGCUUGCUGUAACAUGUCAACUUCCGGUCAGUAUGGGUGGAGGAGAGGGAAAGUGUCUUUACAUCGAUACCGAAGGGACAUUUCGUCCAGUCCGACUGUUAGCGGUGGCCGAACGAUAUGGUCUCAAUGGGGAAGAGGUCCUCGACAAUGUGGCAUAUGCUCGAGCAUACAAUGCAGAUCACCAGAACGCUCUGUUGACGAGCGCGAGUGCCUUGAUGUCGGAGUCCAGAUUCUGUCUUCUCAUUGUAGAUUCGUGUACUGCAUUAUACCGGACUGAUUUCAGCGGUCGUGGUGAACUAUCCUCCCGUCAAAAUCAUCUUGGCAAGUUCUUGCGUACUCUACAACGGCUAGCAGACGAGUUUGGUGUCGCAGUAGUGGUUACAAAUCAGGUCAUGUCUAAUCCGGACGCAGCUGCCGGGCCCUAUGCUGGAAACGAGAAGAAACCGAUCGGGGGAAAUAUCAUGGCACAUGCAUCUACAACUCGCCUACAAUUGAAGAAGUCGAGAGGGAACACACGUUCAUGCAAGAUAUACGAUUCCCCUUGUUUGCCAGAGAUGGAGACCCAUUUCGCCAUUCUUCCGAGCGGUAUUGGAGACCCAGAGGAGGAGACUUAA